CCCCAGCUUUGGAUAAAUACACACACACCCAAUUGAGUUCAUAAAAAAGGCCAUGCUCAGAGGCAUCAUCGCACUCAGCGUCCUCGCCGGCCUGGUGACGCUGGGCGCCGGACAUGGGCGCAUGAUUGAGCCGCCGAGUCGAGCGUCCGCCUGGCGAUACGGAUUCAACACGCCGCCCAAUUACAACGACCACGAACUCUUCUGCGGCGGCUUCUCGCGCCAGUGGCAGCGCAACGACGGCAAGUGCGGCGUCUGCGGCGAUGCCUACGAUCUGCCAGAGCCGCGCGACAACGAGCUGGGCGGAAAGUACGGCCAGGGCGUCAUCGUGAGACGCUACAAUCCCGGCUCGGAUUUCCUCAUUCGCAUCGAACUCACCGCCAGUCACUGGGGCUUCUUCGAGUUCAGACUGUGUCCCGAUGCGGCCGGCAAGCAAGACUGCCUGGACGAGAACGUCCUGGAGAUUCUCAGCGGUUCGCCAGCUGUGCUGAACAUCGACGAUCCCGCCACGCGCUUCUAUCCCAGGAAUGGAAGCAGAGUCUAUGAGAUCCGCGCUAGACUGCCAGAAGACUUGAAGUGCGAGAGCUGCCUUCUUCAGUGGAUUUACGUGGCGGGAAACAACUGGGGCAUGUGCGAGAACGGCACGGGCACCGUGGGCUGUGGUCCGCAGGAGCAGUUCCGGGCGUGCGCGGACAUCAGCAUCGGCUACGGAGCGCCGCCGCCGUCGCUGCGCCCCAUCCGACCGGGCACGAAGACGACGCCCAAGACCAAGAUCUCAGAGGCCACGCGCCUCCCGCCGUCAGGAGCUGCCGACGAGCCACUGCCCGAGGGCCCCAAAUACAUUGGCGCCCUCAUUGCCAUCGUGUCGCUCCUGCUGGUGCUGUGCUGCCUGGCGGUGGUGUAUCUGUAUCACUAUCACGGCCAGAGGAUCAAGCACCUCAUGCGGUGGCAGCGCACGAAGGCGCCUGCCGCACCGUCUCACCUCACCUCCGUGGAGUCCGUGCCAGUGCCGCCGCCCAGGACGAAGCGACAGAGCCAGAGCGGCGCCGAGAUCGACGCGCGCGAAUCGAGCAUCCUCACGGGGAGCAACUCCCCGCCGCCGGGGCCGCGCAGCGGGGGCACGAGGCUGCUCAAAGUGUCCCCCGAGUAUCGCCGCCUGGAGUGCAGCCCAAUCCAUCUCUGGCCACUGCUGCUCCCACCACAUCGCGAAGAUGCUUCUUUUGCAUUCCGGAAAGUUGUCCUACCUGGCCAGCGCGAUCACCACGACUGCGUCACAGCGCGAUGCUUCUGUGCUCCCCACAAAGAAGUGUGGAAGAAUAGCUCGUUGUACAUUUUGGAUAGAGAGACAAAUAUUCCGCAUUUCAACCACAAGCACAGCCAUUUAGAGACACUCGUGAAAUUCGCACUGGAGAUCGCUAUGAACUCACUGUGGUGCUUUGCUAUCUUCCUCACUGCCGCCACAUCAAGUUCAUCUGGCCAGGAAGUGCCCAGCACGCCGUGUCCCUCCACAUUUCGCUACCAGUUCGAUGGCGGCUCCGGCGAGUGGAUCGGCAUCGGCAGAAUCGCCAACCCGCCCGUCGGCGAGGACAUCAUGCUGUUCGUCACGCUGUCCGUGGGCACGCAGCUCACGUCCUCCUACGUGGGCGAGGUGAAGAUCCUGGGCCAGCCCAGCGAGAUCGCCAAUCGGAUAUACAGCAACCAGCCGCUGAACUUCGAGGUGCGCUUCCCCAUCCAGAAUCCCUUGCCCGAGGUGUCCUCGAUCACGGUGAACGAGAAUGUGAUCUGCCGAGCGGAAUACACCACACAGUACGAGUUCACGACGAAGAUCCGACUGCAGUACACCUUCAAGCCACAAGGAGGACCGGUGCACCUGAGCCAGACUCGUCCCAGCUACAGCCAAAACCAACAGCCCAACUACAACCAAAACCAGGCGGGCAUCAAUGCGGGCCUAGAUCUCGGCGGUCUAGACUUCGGAUUGGGCAGUCAGCUGCCCUUCUCAGACGUCUCGCUGGGUCCUUUCCAGCUUGGCGGAGACAAUUCCCAAUUCUCCUCACCGGAAGUGCAGCAGCCGCCGCAGCAGCAACACCAUCACCAUCAACAGGCGCCGCAGCCGAUUCCUCAGCCACAGCCAAGACCCACACGACCGACACAGCCUCCACAGAGGCCACGACCUCAAAACACACCGUCGUCCAUUGAUAACAAAGACAGUGGCAGUUCUUCGGUCGUGUGCGGGAAACCAGAUCCUCUGGCCACGUUCACGCCGCUCAUUGUGGGCGGAACGGCGCUCCAGCGAGGAACCUGGCCCUGGCUCGUGGCUGUGCACGUGUACAAGGAGCACACGCUGGCCUUCCAGUGCGGUGCCACGCUGAUUUCCCAAAAAGUGGUCAUUGGAGCGGCGCACUGCUUCGCCGACCGCAAUGGCCAGAAGCUGAAGACGGAGAACGUCGUCCUCAUCCUCGGGCAGUACAAUCUCAAGAGGCCCCAGGAAGAAGGCUCGCAAAUCGUCUAUCCGGAGAGCAUCAACAACCAUCCGCAGUACAUGAGCGCCCACAAGAUCGACUCGGACAUCUCGGUGGUGGUGAUCGCGCGCCAGGUGGAGUUCACGCAGUUCAUCCGGCCCGUGUGCCUGUGGAGCGGGCCGCAGACGCAGGACGCGAUCGUGGGGCGCGUGGGCGUGGUGGUGGGCUGGGGCCGCGACGAGCACGGCAACGUGAACACGCCGGAGCCCAAGAAGGCCGAGGUGCCCGUGGUGUCGGACGCCACGUGCCUGCGCAGCAACGAGGCCUUCUCCAAGAUCACCACGGACCGCACCUUCUGCGGCGGCUGGCGGAACGGCUCCGAGGGCCCGUGCAACGGCGACUCCGGCGGAGGGCUGAUCUUCGAUGUGAACGGGCGCUGGACGCUGCGCGGCAUCGUGUCGGCCUCCCUCUCGGACAUGCUCACCAGCUCGUGCAAUCUCAAGGAAUACGUGGUGUUCACGGAUGUGGCCAAAUACUCAGAUUGGAUCAGAGACAAGAUGAUCACAUCACUCAAACGCCUUCGCGUGCAAGUGGACAUUUUCCUUGUGGUGAUUUGUGCGCUUCCCGUGGUCAGGACUCAAGGCAGCUCACCCUGUCCGAAUCUCUUCCAGUAUCAGCACAACGGAUACGAGGCUGAGGGCGCCCUGGAGGUGCCCGCGCCGCCCAUCGGCACCAAACUCGAGCUCCACGUCUUCCUCACCGUUCCUGUGCAGUUGCCAUCGAGUUAUGUGGGUGCUUUGGAGCUGCGUGACGCGCAAGAAGUGGCUUUGGAUCGCCUGAAGAAGAGCCUCCCGGUGCGAUAUCGCGUCAAGUUUCCAAUCUCAAAUCCCGUUCCGCGCCUCGUGUCGAUCACAUACAAUGGCAACGUGAUCUGCCAAGGAGAUCGCUCAAGAUUCCCCAACAGAGGCUCUUACGUUACCAACAUUCGCCUGGAUCACACGCUCACGACGAGGCUCACGAACGAGCCUUACGAUGACUAUCCAGCCCGACCCGGCGGCGGUGGCUCUUAUCCUCAGCAGGACAACUACUACAAUGACUACCAGAACUACUCGAAUCCGUUCUUCGGCCAGAACGACGCCUACAAUCCCUACGGCGGCAACAAUUUCAUCCCUCAGCAGAGUCAGACUUCCACACAAGCGCCCUACUAUCCGCCCUACCAGGAGCCCCACACGCAGGCUCCACCGCCGCCGCCGCCGACGCAGCGACCAUCGAGGCCGUCAAAUCCAUUCCUGCCCGCCGCGAAUCCCGCCCACACGCCCGUCAACCGCUAUGGAGACGACGGCGUCGGCGUAUGCGGCAAGAUUGAGAGCCGCUUCACCAUCACGCCCCUGAUAUUCGGCGGCGAGGAGUUCCCCAAAGGCUCCUGGCCGUGGCUCGUGGCCAUUCACGUGUACAAAGGCGCCCAAUUCUCCUUCGUCUGCGGCGGCACUCUCGUGUCGCACAACGUGAUCGUGAGCGCGGCUCAUUGCUUCAUGGAUGGCCGCGGCACAAACUACGAGGCGGCCGAUGUGAUUGUCUUCGUGGGGAAGCACGAUCUGAGGAGACUCAAAGAAGACGGAGCCACAAUUUCCGAGGUGCAGGACCUGAAUAUCCACCCGGAGUUCCUGAGCGAUCCGCGAGGCUCCUUCGACGCCGACAUCGCCGUGCUGGUGCUGAAGGAGAGCGUGGAGUACAGCGCCUACAUCCGGCCCGUGUGCCUCUGGAGUCUGCCCACGGGCGAGGAGCACUUCGUGGGGAAGACGGGCGUGGUGGUGGGCUGGGGACGCGACGAGAAGGGCAACCUCGUGACGUACCUGCCCAAGAGGACGCAAAUCCCGCUUGUGUCCACGCAGGAGUGCAUCAACUCACGCGACGAUUUCGCCACACUCACGUCGGCGCGCACCAUUUGCGGCGGCUGGCGGGACGGUGUGAAUGGGCCGUGCACGGGAGACUCGGGCGGCGGCCUGAUCAUGUACGAGAACGGCCGAUGGCAGUUGCGCGGCGUGAUCUCGAUUGCCAUCAAGCAUCCCGUGACGGGCGUGUGUGAUCUGCGCGAGUACGUGGUGUUCACGGACGCGGCCAAGUUCACGAGCUGGAUCCGCUCCUUCAUGACGCGGUAGCCAAAGCUGGGAGUAACUCUCGA